AUGGCGGACGCACGAACACUGCUGCGACAGCAGAGAGCUGCACGAGAACAGGCCAGGAAGCCCCCGAAGCAGGCGCCAGCACCCGCACCCGCGCCCGUCUCGAGAAAGAGAAAGGCUGCAGAGGACGGCUCAGAGGACGGCCCAGAGGACAAGAAGAGGUCUCGCACCGAGCAGGCUGCCGGUGUGCCUGCUGGCUUCUUCGAUGCCCGCGCUGAGCCUGACGAGGUCACAGAAGCGCUCGAGCAGACCCCGCCAGCACCAGCAGCACAGCUGCAGGAAUCCUCCCAAUCCGCCCCUCCGCCACUCGACCCCUCGGCUGAGGCCGAGCUGGAUGCCUUCCUUACCGAGAUGAACAAGGAGCCAACACCACCACCACGACACACGUUCGCAUCAGGCGCCGUGAUAGAAGCCGCGCCAAUGACCGCAGCCGAGCUCGCCGCACAAGCCCGAGAAGAGCAGAUGGCACAGCGCGCAAGGACAGAGGAAGACAUGGAAGCUGACAAGGAAGAGGCGGCCAGAGCACUCGAAGACGAGUUUGAAGAAAUGGAAGGACUUGACGAGAGAGUCAAGAAGCUGCGCGAUCAACGAGAGGCGCUGCGAAGUCAAUCUGCACAGCUCCCAGCCCCAGCCGAAACAUCACCGGUGCAAAUGCAGGCCGACGACGACGACGACGACGACGACGACGACGACGACGACGACGACGACGACGAAGACUGGGACGACUGGCGGUUUCGUCCCGCGUGA